CCCAUGUGGUAUCUGAAAAAUGGACGCACACAUGAUGUUGGUGUCUACGAAGUUUUAAAAAUGUUUUCAUAUAGUGUUGGUGUACGUUGAACGGUUUAAAAUUGAGGAGAGAGUGAUAAAGUGUUGAGUGAAAAUGACAGAUAUGCCUCCUUACCUCGCGGCCAAAGAUGAGGAUGAGAAUAGUGAUAGUGAAACGUCUUCGGAGGUAGAUGACUGGGAUUUACCUCUGUGUUUCAACAAGCCUAGGCACAUUGAGCAGAUAAAAGGUGCGGACCGUGUGGAACACUCCUGGCGGGUCAAAGAGAAGUACAAAACACACUGCGUAGCUUUAGUGCUGUGCCUCAAUGUCGGAGUGGACCCUCCAGAUGUGGUGAAAACUCAGCCCUGUGCCCGCCUCGAAUGUUGGAUAGACCCAAAUUCGCUAUCACCAAGUAAGGCGCUGGAGAGCAUCGGACACGCGCUGCAGUCCCAGUACGAGCGGUGGCAGCCCCGUGCGAGGUACAAGCAGUCGCUCGACCCCACCAGUGAUGAUGUGAAGAAACUGUGCUGCUCGCUGCGCCGCAACGCGAAGGACGAGCGUGUGCUGUUCCACUACAACGGUCAUGGCGUGCCGAAGCCCACCGUCCAGGGCGAGAUAUGGGUCUUCAACAGGGCGUACACGCAGUACAUUCCCUUGUCGAUGUACGAUCUGCAGACGUGGAUGGGGGCGCCCUCGCUGUACGUGUACGACUGCUCGAAUGCAGGCGUCAUCGUGGACAACUUCAAGCAGUUUGCUGAGCAACACGAACGGGAGUAUGAGGCGCAAGCGAGCUCCCGGGCUGCUCCGGCGGCAGGCAGCCCGGGCGCUCCGGCGGCGGGGAGUGCUGCUGGGGCUCCGCCGCCGCCGGUGUCGUACCGGAACUGCAUCCAGCUGGCGGCGUGCGCGGCCGGCCAGAGCCUGCCCAUGAACCCGGAGCUGCCGGCGGACCUGUUCACGGCCUGCCUCACCACGCCCGUCAAGAUGGCCAUGAAGUGGUUCGUGUUGCGCAGCCGCACCACGCUCGGACCCCACAACCUCCUCGAGCUCAUCGACAAGAUACCCGGCCAGGUGACAGACCGUCGCACAAUGCUAGGCGAGCUGAACUGGAUCUUCACAGCGAUCACGGAUACGAUAGCCUGGAGCUCGUUACCUGCGGACCUGUUCCAGCAGUUGUUCCGUGCCGACCUGCUGACAGCCAGCCUCUGCCGGAACUUCCUGCUCGCAGACAGGAUAAUGAGGUCGUACAACUGCACGCCGGUGUCGAUGCCGGCGCUGCCGUCGCUGGCGCGGCACGCGCUGUGGGCGGCGUGGGAGCAGACCCUGGACCUGGCGCUGGCGCAGCUGCCCGCGCUGCUGGCCGAGCCCGACCACCGCCCGCACCCGCUCCCGCACCACUACCACCACUCGCCCUUCUUCCGCGACCAGCUCACCGCCUUCCAAGUCUGGCUCGACCUCGGCAAAUGGUGCGUGUGGCGGCUGCCGCCGGAGCAGCUGCCGAUGGUGCUGCAGGUGCUGCUGUCGACGCUGCACCGGGUGCGGGCGCUGCAGCUGCUGUGCCGGUUCCUGGCGCUGGGCGCGUGGGCGGUGCGCGCCGUGCUGCACGUCGGCAUCUUCCCCUACAUGCUCAAGCUGCUGCAGGCCUCCGCCCACGACCUGCGCGCCUCCAUGGUCUACAUCUGGGCCAAGAUCAUCGCCGUCGACCCGAGUUGUCAAGUGGACUUGGUGAACGCAAAAGGGCACAAAUACUUUCUAUCCGUACUACAGGACCCUACAGUCGAUUGCGAGCAUAGGACGCUGGCUGCGUACGUGCUGGCUGGCAUCGUAGAUAAUUAUUCUGCGGGUCAGGAAGCUGCGUUACAGGGCUCGAUGAUCUCGAUCUGCCUGGAGCAGCUGCAGCUGUGCGGCGGGGAGGGCGCGCGGGGCGAGGAGGCGCUGCAGCAGUGGCUCAUGGUGGGCGUGGGCCGGCUCUGGCGCUCCUACGACGCCGCCAGGUGGGCCGGCGUCAGGGACCUCGCGCACGAGAAGCUCUACCCGCUGCUGCAUCAUCGCCACCCUGAGGUGCGCGCGGCGUGCGCGUUCGCGCUGGGCACGUUCGUGGCGGCCGGCGGCACCGGACCCCGCACCGAGCACGCCAACGCGCUCGACCAGCAGGUCGCAGUCGCACUCGCAGCGCGCGCGCCCGCGGACGUGGCGCUGCUGGUGCGGGCCGAGAUACUGGCGGCGCUACAAUGGCCGGUAUUGAUAUUCGAGCAGCACUUCAUAGCUGUGUACAUACAGGAAAGAACGAGGCAAAGCAACAGGGAGGGCGAGCAGCGUCCGGACGUGGGGCAGGACGCGCUGGUGGCCGCCCCCCGCGCCUCCCCGCCGCCGCCCCGCGCGCCCGCCGCCGCGCUCCUCACCUCCGCGCUCGCACUCCCCUCCAUGUGGGGCCGCGCUCCGCCCCCGCGCCUCGGUGAGCGAGCGAGCACUGUAUACCGCACCACACCCCACGUGGGGCAGGACGCGCUGGUGGCCGCCCCCCGCGCCUCCCCGCCGCCGCCCCGCGCGCCCGCCGCCGCGCUCCUCACCUCCGCGCUCGACGCGCUGGUGGCCGCCCCCCGCGCCUCCCCGCCGCCGCCCCGCGCGCCCGCCGCCGCGCUCCUCACCUCCGCGCUCGCACUCCCCUCCAUCGGUGAGCGAGCACUGUAUACCGCACCACACCCCACGUGGGGCAGGACGCGCUGGUGGCCGCCCCCCGCGCCUCCCCGCCGCCGCCCCGCGCGCCCGCCGCCGCGCUCCUCACCUCCGCGCUCGCACUCCCCUCCAUCGGACGCGCUGGUGGCCGCCCCCCGCGCCUCCCCGCCGCCGCCCCGCGCGCCCGCCGCCGCGCUCCUCACCUCCGCGCUCGCACUCCCCUCCAUCGGUGAGCGAGCACUGUAUACCGCACCACACCCCACGUGGGGCAGGACGCGCUGGUGGCCGCCCCCCGCGCCUCCCCGCCGCCGCCCCGCGCGCCCGCCGCCGCGCUCCUCACCUCCGCGCUCGCACUCCCCUCCAUCGGACGCGCUGGUGGCCGCCCCCCGCGCCUCCCCGCCGCCGCCCCGCGCGCCCGCCGCCGCGCUCCUCACCUCCGCGCUCGCACUCCCCUCCAUCGGUUUCGGCUCGGUCUACAUGAAGCUGUGGAACACACUAUGCGCCAUGUCACGCGAACCUCACCCACAGAUCUCGCAGAUGGCUACAGAUAUUAUCAACUAUAUUUCUAAUCAGUGUGCGCAGGUGGACCGCGAGGUGGAGUGCGGCGGGGUGCGCGUGGGCGGCGCGGGGGGCUCCGGGGGCUCCGGCGGCGGCUCGUCGUCGUCGCUGCCGCCGUCGCCCAACACCAGGCCCUCGCCGCUCGCCCACCACGCCCACCACGCCCACCACGCCCACCACGCGCACCACGCGCCCGACGCACGCACGCUGCCCUUCGGGGGCCGGCGGGGGCGCGCGGGGCUGCCGCACACCAUCUCCGAGGAGUCCGUGGCGGCGCGCGCCCGGGACAGGGACAACUUCAGGGACAGGGACUCCACCUCCUCCACCUCUAGUCAACCACCGAAGAAGCCAAUAGUGCAGACGUCGUUCGUGGAGUGGGCCUCGUCGCAGCUGGCGCGGCCCGAGGGGGGCGCGGGGGGGCCCGUGGGGGGGGCGCCCGUGGGGGGGCCGCCCCCCGACGACUGCGAGAGCCGCGCCCAUCACGAGCGCGUGUGGCGCUACACGCGCAACAAGAACCUGCGCCGGGACGCCGAUGUUUUGCGCGGGACGCGUGUGGGUCGGCUGGACACGCAGGCGUUCCACUGGCGGUUCCCGCUACCACCCGCCGUCGUGGAGUUCCACCCGUACGACCAGCACGCAGCCGUCGCCUCCAAAGAUAACUUCGGGAUCUGGGACUGGGGCACGGCAGCUAAAUUAUGUGUGGGCGCGUGGCGGCAGGCCUGGGGCCGCAUCACAGGCCUCGCAUACCUCAACGCUCAUCACCAGGCGCUGCUCGCUGUCGUCUCGCAUUCGGGCAAUCUCGCCAUCUACAGGCCGGCGGGGAGUAUCAAGGAGCCGGCGCUGGUGGCGGCGUGGCGCGCGCUCGAGGUGCGGUCCUCCGCGCAGUACCGGCCCCCGGCCGCCGUCGCCGUCGCAGGGCCCCCCGCCUGGGGCGCGGGCGGCGGCGGGGGAGGCGCGGGGGCGGGCGGCGCCGCGGGGGGGCCGGCCACCGCCUACAGCGCCCCCCCCGCCACUCUGGUGCGGUGGUGCGGCGCGCGCGGCUGGUUAGCUGUAGGUGGCGCAGCUCCAGCGUUGAGGCUGUGGGACGCGCGUGCGGAGCUGCUGGCGGCGGCGGUGCCGACCGAUACAGCCUCCGCAGCGACGGCGCUGUGGCGCGGGCCGGCGCGGCUGCUGGCGGGGUUCGCGGACGGGUCGGUGCGGGCGUGGGACGAGCGCGCGCAGCCCCGGCCGCUGCUCACGCUGAGACCCUUCACGGCGCCGGCGCUGCUCGCCGCGCUCAGGACAGACCUCCACGCGCUCCUCACCGCAGGGAUGGACGGCGAGAUCCGGGUGUACGACUCGCGCAAGGUGUCGUCGGAGAGACCGCUGCACUCGGCGCAGGCCCCGGGCCCGCUCGCGGCCGCCGACGUGCACCCGCUGUGCGACCUGCUCGCCUGGUACGUACACACCACGCACCACGCACCACGCACCACGCACCACGCACCACACACUACAUCGCAGGCCCCGGGCCCGCUCGCGGCCGCCGACGUGCACCCGCUGUGCGACCUGCUCGCCUGGUUCGCCCCGGGCCCGCUCGCGGCCGCCGACGUGCACCCGCUGUGCGACCUGCUCGCCUGGUACGUACACACCACGCACCACGCACCACGCACCACGCACCACGCACCACACACUACAUCGCAGGCCCCGGGCCCGCUCGCGGCCGCCGACGUGCUCCCGCUGUGCGACCUGCUCGCCUGGUACGUACACACCACGCACCACGCACCACGCACCACGCACCACGCACCACACACUACAUCGCAGGCCCCGGGCCCGCUCGCGGCCGCCGACGUGCACCCGCUGUGCGACCUGCUCGCCUGGUACGUACACACCACGCACCACGCACCACGCCCCGGGCCCGCUCGCGGCCGCCGACGUGCACCCGCUGUGCGACCUGCUCGCCUGGUACGUACACACCACGCACCACGCACCACGCACCACGCACCACGCACCACGCACACUACAUCGCAGGCCCCGGGCCCGCUCGCGGCCGCCGACGUGCACCCGCUGUGCGACCUGCUCGCCUGGUACGUACACACCACGCACCACGCACCACGCACCACGCACCACGCACCACACACUACAUCGCAGGCCACGCGUACACACCACGCACCACGCACCACGCACCCGCACCGCCGCCUGGUACGUACACACCACGCACCACGCACGCACCACGCACCACCCGCACCUGCUCGCCUGGCCCCGGGCCCGCUCGCGGCCGCCGACGUGCACCCGCUGUGCGACCUGCUCGCCUGGUACGUACACACCACGCACCACGCACCACGCACCACGCACCACGCACCACACACUACAUCGCAGGCCCCGGGCCGGCUCGCGGCCGGCGACGUGCACCCGCUGUGCGACGUGCUCGCCUGGUACGUACACACCACGCACCACGCACCACGCACCACGCACCACGCACCACACACUACAUCGCAGGCCCCGGUACGUACACACCACGACGUGCGCACCACGCACACCACGCACCACCCACGCACCACGCACCACGCACCACAUCCACGCACCACACACCAUCGCAGGCCCCGGCCCGCUCGCGGCCGCCGACGUGCACCCGCUGUGCGACCUGCUCGCCUGGCCCCGGGCCCGCUCGCGGCCGCCGACGUGCACACGCUGUGCGACCUGCUCGCCUGGUACGCACCACGUACACCACGCACCACGCCACACACGCACGCACCACACACCAUCGGCCCCGGGCCCGCUACACCACGCACCCACGCACCACGCACCACGCACCACGCACCACACACUACAUCGCAGGCCCCGGGCCCGCUCGCGGCCGCCGACGUGCACCCGCUGUGCGACCUGCUCGCCUGGUACGCCCCGGGCCCGCUCGCGGCCGCCGACGUGCACCCGCUGUGCGACCUGCUCGCCUGGUACGUACACACCACGCACCACGCACCACGCACCACGCACCACGCACCACACACCCCGGGCCCGCUCGCGGCCGCCGACGUGCACCCGCUGUGCGACCUGCUCGCCUGGUACGUACACACCACGCACCACGCACCACGCACCACGCACCACGCACCACACACUACAUCGCAGGCCCCGGGCCCGCUCGCGGCCGCCGACGUGCACCCGCUGUGCGACCUGCUCGCCUGGUACGUACACACCACGCACCACGCACCACGCACCACGCACCACGCACCACACACUACAUCGCAGGCCCCGGGCCCGCUCGCGGCCGCCGACGUGCACCCGCUCGCGGCCGCCGACGUGCACCACGCACCACGCACCACGCACCACGCACCACGCACCACACACUGCAGGCCUGCUCGCCCGCCGACGUGCACGUACACACCACGCACCACGCACCACGCACCACGCACCACGCACCACACACUACAUCGCAGGCCCCGGGCCCGCUCGCGGCCGCCGACGUGCACCCGCUGUGCGACCUGCUCGCCUGGUACGUACACACCACGCACCACGCACCACGCACCACGCACCACGCACCACACCACACACUACAUCGCAGGCCCCGGGCCCGCUCGCGGCCGCCGACGUGCACCCGCUGUGCGACCUGCUCGCCUGGUACGUACACACCACGCACCACGCACCACGCACCACGCACCACGCACCACACACUACAUCGCAGGCCCCGGGCCCGCUCGCGGCCGCCGACGUGCACCCGCUGUGCGACCUGCUCGCCUGGCCCCGGGCCCGCUCGCGGCCGCCGACGUGCACCCGCUGUGCGACCUGCUCGCCUGUGGAUCCGUGAACCAAUGCAUCAGCAUCUACGACCUGAAAGGCAACCCACUGAACACCAUCAAGUCCCACGAAGGCUUCAUGGCAGCACGCAUCGGGCCCGUCUCAUGUCUCACGUUCCAUCCGCUAAGGUGCGCGUUGGGUAUGGGCUCCAAGGACUCGACGGUGACGGUGUACGUGUCGGAGUCGCGCCGGUGACCCUCGCUCUACAGCCUCGCGCUGCCGCUGCCCUUCCAGUGAGGACCACCGCCACCACCGUCGCCACCGCCGCCACACUCCGCACCAGGUGCGGAGCCAAGCUGGACGCUGUGCAUUUAUCAGUGCUUUGUGGAACUUAAAAUACACGUAGUUUAGCAGAAAUGGCUUUAUCCACGGGAUAAAAUGGAUAAGUCAGUAGAAGAAAUUAGUAAAAAUAAAACCAAAUUUUUAGUUAUAACCCGUUGAUAUCGUCACAGGGUUUUGUCACUUACACACAAAUAAAGAAAAUGGCUCGAAAGAAGAAUAGA